AUGCCGCAAGGCGCACGGACGAAUAUGGAGGAAGACGCACGCGCGACGAAGCGUGUACGCACGGAAAGCGGUGCAUCCGAUGAAAAAGUGCGCGCCUCUAUUGCAGACGGUGCAGACGAUGCACCUGAAGCGCUUGAUGCUGAAUUUUGGGCGCAAGUCGCACAGGCGGCCGAUACCGAAACACAACCUGCGCGGCGCGACUUGUACCUGGAGACGAUCAACCGCCAUUUACUUGAUUUUGAUUUUGAAAAAGUGUGUUCCGUGUCCAUGUCGAAUGUGAAUGUCUACGCGUGCCUCCAGUGUGGAAAGUAUUUCCAGGGGCGCGGCAAACAGUCCCACGCCUACUUUCACGCAAUCGACGAGGAGCACCAUGUAUUUAUGAACUUGGCUACUGCACAGGUGUAUGUACUGCCCGAAAACUAUCUCGUUGAGGAUCCAUCUCUUUGCGAUAUCCAGUACCAGCUAAGCCUGACGUUUAGCGAACGCCAAAUUGCCCAGCUGGAUGCACCAGACAUGCCGCCAACGCUAGAUUUGAACGCAAAUCCGUACCUUCCUGGAUUUGUUGGCCUGAAUAAUAUCGACCAGAACAAUGCGAUGAAUGCGGUGAUCCAGGCAUUGGCACACGUUCCUCCGCUGCGCAACUACUUUUUGCGCGGUGCAACACCGCGCGGACUUCGCGGUGGGAUUGAGGCGAAAAGCGCACGCAUGCCGACUGUGUCGGAAGCGGAAGGACGGCUUCUGCACAGCACCGAGCUUGUGCAGCGGUUUGCCACGCUGUUGCGGCGUAUUUGGAAUCCGCACGGGUUUAAAGGCCAAGUAUCGCCCCACGAGUUUCUCCAGCAAGUCGCAGUCGCGAGUCAUGGAAAAUUCAAGCUUACAGAGGCUGCUGAUCCUGUUGAUUUCCUUGGGUGGCUGCUUAACCUGUUGCAUUUUGAUCUGGUCGGCGGCCCCCGAGCCGCUCAGAAACGCGCGUCGAUCAUCACCGCGUGUUUUCAAGGCGAGCUUCGGAUUGAGUCGCAAAAGGUGAUUGUUCGCACGGGCCUUGAAGAGGACCAAGUCGAUAAGCUUGAUCACGAUGGGCGCCGCAGCGGAGGCCAGGAAGACGAACACGGAAAUGCCAAAUUCAAUAUCGACCAAGAAAUCAAAAUCGACCGCUCCCCGUUUUUUUUGCUUACGCUCGAUCUGCCUCCUCCGCCUGUUUUCCAGGACGAAGUGGCACAAAACAUUGUCCCUCAGAUUCCCAUUUCGCACGUGCUGGCCAAAUACGACGGCAUCUCUAUACAGGAAGCGAACGGGAUGAUCCGGCGGUACAAACUGACGCGUUUGCCGCCCUACCUGAUCCUACACUUCCGCCGCUUUACAAAGAACCGAUUUGUCGAGGAGCGCAACCAAACCGUGAUCAAUUUUCCCACAAUAGGCUUGGAUUUGGCCGAUUAUACCGAUCUUCCGCCUCAAGAGGGCCCAACGCUUGGCUCUGUGUACAAUAUCCUCGCCAAUGUCACGCACGAAGCUGCGCCCGGCACUGUGCGCGACAACAGUGUGUGGAGCUGCCAAGUCCAUACGCGCCUCGACGGUACUCCGCUGCAUGAUACUCCAGACGCGCGACACGAAGAACAGUGGUUCCAAAUGCAGGACCUGAUUGUAGAGAAGGUGAACAAGCAACUCCUUUUCCUUCGGGAGACUUGUAUCCAGAUCUGGGAGCAGACCGGUGCAAUGCAGCGUGUCGAGCGUAGCGCAGAGAGCUUGGUCCCACGCGACCAAACUAGUAAAAAAACCUAG